UUCCCCCACUUCGCCCUCGCUCCCCCUCGCUCUCUUCCCUUCCGCGGUUCCGCCUCCCUCUAGGCCUCCACCCUGCGUCGGCUCGAAACCCUAGACCUACCCUCCGCCCCUCGUGCGGAGAGAGGAUUUGCGAGAGACACGGAGGGAGAUGUACGCGGACCAGAUCUCCACCGGCCGCAAGCGCUCCAUCCACGAGCGCCUCGACGCCGACCUCCCCGCCGGCUCGGGCGCCGGCGGCCGGGCCCGUCACACGGCGUCCAAGAGGCAACGACAGAUCGACGAAAAAUGGAAGCAUGAUCUGUAUCGGGAAGACGAUGAACCAGCUUCAAAAUCAAUUGAUCCAAGGGAUUUGCGAUUGAAGCUUCAGGGGAGAAGCUCUCAGCAAGGCUUUACUGGCACAAAGGGUUCUGGGGUACGUGAUCUACGUGAGAAGCUAUCUGGAACAAUGCAUCCACAGCCAUCAAAUGCUGGCCCUCCAAAACCAAAGCCACAAUCGGAGGUUGUCAAAAUCACAAGGCGUGAAAAUGCUGAUGAAAUGACUGCGCGCCAAACUAAGAAAUCAUCAAAACAGACUUCAUCCAAGAAGACAUCUCAGCCAAAGGUCGAAAGUCCACUCGACAGUUUCCUGAGUUCACUUGGACUUGAGAAGUAUUCAAUUACCUUCCAGGCAGAGGAGGUUGACAUGGCAGCCCUAAGGCACAUGACUGACGGUGAUCUGAAGGCUUUGGGCAUUCCAAUGGGUCCUCGGAAGAAGAUUAUCCUUGCCUUGGAAUCAAGAGCAUAGGGCUGAAGGAGUAUCAUGUAGAAAGGUGGGAGAGAUUUGGUAGUGCUCAUCUGCAGGUUUGGCAAACUCUUGUAUCCGCAUGUCUUCGAAAGGGUACAGGUACACAACAAUGUGGGCUUCUUGUAAUGCAUGCUCUGUCCUGUUGAGCAUACUCAACUAAGUUUAGGAUGUUUAGAAGGCUAAUGCUGUAAGAUUAUUAGUCUCCUGUUAAUUGUCUGGGAAAGUGCCGGCCAGACAAAUUAUUAGGAUUUUUAUGUAUACUAUCAUAUCAUUACAUUCCUUUUUCUUC